AUGAAGUUUCAGAUGGAGCUCGUUACGCGUAUUCUUGGACAUAGUCUACCGGUUCUGGUCGUGGUGCUUAUGGGAUACUGGAUGGGAAGCGGACUAACUGCUUUUACGGUGAAGGAAGGCUUGGUAUCUGUCCGAGAUACUUCUGGGUUUUCGUGGAGUUAUGGGGACGGCCGGGUGUUUAACUGGCACCCACUGCUCAUGAGCUUUGGCUUUGUGUUUUGCUCCAUGCAGUCGGCUCUGGCGUACAUUUCAUUGCCCUAUAGUCACGAAAUCAAGAAGCGCAUCCACUUGUCACUACAUGCUUUGGGGUUCCUGAGCGCCGUCCUAGGAGCUAUUGCUGUCUUCCGUUUUCAUAACGAGCAUAAGAUUACGAACCUCUAUAGUCUGCACAGUUGGUUGGGACUUGUAGUUUUGAUCACCUUCACUGCAAAUUGGCUGGGUAGCUUUGUAGUGUUUUUCUAUCCUGGAGCGUCAACAAAUACCCGUGCUGCUUUUGCUCCGUACCACAUUGGAAUUGGACUGGCCAUUAUUGGAAUGGUCGUUGCCACGGUGGAGUUGGGGAUCCUGGAGAAACUCACGUUCAAUGGCAGCUGCAACGUGAAUGGCGAGCUAAACGGCGAGGUUGUGAAGGGUUACAUGGCUCCAGACUGUGUGACUGGCAACAUUAUUGGUUUGCUAGUAGUUCUAGCAAUGAUCGCUUUGGUCGUCACGAUCUGGCACGCGAAACACUCGGAGCAGAGCAACCCCUUGAAAGACGAGAUGACGCCAUUGCUGCUGAGCGGCGCGGGUGAUGAGCAGAAAGAGGCCUCGGUUUGA